AUGAAGGGCCUCUUGAUCAGCAGCGUUCUACAAGGCUCCCUCGGUGUAGUGGAGUUCCUGAUGGGUGAUCUUGUCACAGGUUUCGUCAAUACGUUGAUGGCAGGCAUCGGCAUGUACUCUACCCAGCCACAGGGGGUAUCUUGGCUGCCCAGCUAUACCGUUAUCUGUUUCAUCAACGGCUCUAUUCAAUUCCUCGGCCUUAUCGAACGGUUCGCGUAUGGUCAUGGGCCUAUCUUUGCUGGCGCGGCGCCUCUCAUCAUGAACUAUGUUCAUUUGGCAGCGAUACUGCACCCUGUCCUUAAUAUGGCCAGUGUAUACUAUGGCUGGACCCUACUUAAGGAGCUUAGAGACAGCUAUAUAGCCGGAGCGACUAAUGUGAGGUGUCUCUUAUAUGGACUACAUCCUGCCACUUCUAAGGUCAAUAACGUGAGUCCGGAUAGGCUAAGGGGUGACGUAUCGAGGGUCGACCGCGGCAAUAUGGAAGGCAGUCUGUUUGGGAAUCAAGCCACGAGUUUCCAAGCCUUCUCAGGAGAGGGGUUCCGUCUUGGUGACAGCUCACCUGGAAGAGUCACCACUAUGCCGGGCCAGAGUGUCAUGAGAGAUACGACGCUGGGCAGUGAUCAGCUGUCAUAUCCAGUACCACAACGAAGGCUUGGUGAUCAACCGUCUGCGUCCAGUGUAACCACGGAGACUAAGCCGAGAUGGGAGGAGACUGUGGUAGCUGAAAGAAACCAUAAACAGCAGACCCUGGUUGAGGCCGCUCCUGAAAGCCCACCUGUUACCGUCAACGGCUCGAUAAGGGAAUCUACUGCUACCAAUCAGCCUAGUCAUAUGGUAUCGGGUGGUCCUUCUGGUCCAAGAGUAACGCCCUCUUCCCUUGGAGAUGGGUCAACGUCCAAAAUCGCCCAACCGUCAGCUGGUUUCAAGCAUAUAGUGUGUCCGACAGCCGAGGCAUGUUCUAUUUCACUGUCCGUGCCGGCUGGUAUAGACUCCACCCUUAUUGCCCAUCCCACAGAUGACACCAGACGUCGCGUCAUGUCGGGGUUUGGGCAAGAGGUUGAUUUCGGUCUUUCCGGCAUUGAAGCGCGGCGCCGUGCUCCUCCCCAGGUUGAUACUCUCAUGGCCGAAUACGCUUAUAGUCGCAUCGUAGUGAAGGUGUUCACUUAUGCGCCCUACGCCCUCGGGGUGGGUUCUUAUGAUCUCAUCUUAUUCGGCAACAACAGUACCUUUGAGGAGUAUGUAGGACAGUUGGUAGUGAUGGAUCUCAACUACUGCGUUACCGAAGGGGACCAUGAUACCCUAUUUGACCAUCUUGUCGCCUACAGUAACGAUGUGGCUGCUAAUGGGGUUCAACAGCCUAACGAUGGGACCACCGAGGGUGAUGCUGAUUCGAAUGCCGAGUCGCCUGAUUCUGGGAUCGGGCCAGGAGAUAUAGCAGGAAUAGUCUGUGGUGUCCUGCUGGCCGCCAUAUCGGGUUGCCUCAUUACCUGGUUAAUCUUCAAGCUAUGUCGUGGUAAACAGAGGGAAGAGGAGAGAGACCUAGUCGGAGCUGCUGCUGCUGCUGAUGGUGACAACUGUGUCGAUUUGGAGUCCGUAGACCCUCUAGAGUCCCUAGACGUACCUGCUCCAACACCCCCCUCUGUGGUACUAUACCCUAGCCCAGAACCAUCUACUGUAUGUUCAUCUCCUCUUGCCCGGUCGGAGUACAUCAGUGACGACCCCAAUAUAGACGUGGAGUUACGAAGGGCCGCUGGCCAGGUUCUAGCCGAUGUGCGUUGUCCGUCCUUCGAGGAACGUUGA